AUGAACAGCGAGGAACGCGCAACAGACGAUGUCGAAGAGCUCGCUUGGAAGUUGCUCUCGACGCUCCCCAGGGCUCGCCUAGCAGCGGUCCAGCGGCGUCUCAACCCACUAUUGCAGUUCGACAUCCUAGGGGAUUUACCCAUUGAACUCGCCCUCCAAGUCCUCUCGAACCUGCCAUACCAGUCUCUAUUGACGUGUAGCCUCGUCUGCAAGCGGUGGCAGAUCCUCGCCAACGACCAAAGCCUCUGGAAACGCCUAUGCCGCGCAAACGGAUGGGCCUGGCGCCCGACACCGCGUCCACAACCCUUUGACCAGACCCUGAACAUGUCCAACCGCGAAUGGGACCAGUCGGACGACGAGGGAAUGGGCGACUCCGACUCCGACUCUGAAGAAAACAUGUAUAUCAACACCCUCGACGACGCCAAAGCAGAGCUGUCUAUGAUGUACGCCGAACUCGACUCGGGGUUCGCCUCGACGUCUAUGACGAUGUCCUUCGUCGCCCCACCGGCGCCCAGCGCCAUUGCGCCUUCAUUCUCGAAUUCAUCUCGGCUCAGCAACCGCUCCCGGGGGAAGCAGGUCCGGCAUUCUGCGCCGUCCAUGCUCAACUCUGUCUCACCCCCUCGCAAACCGGACUACAAACUUCUGCAUCAAACCCAUAUUCGGCUUCGAAACCGGUUCCUAAACUCCUCCUAUCGACUAUCAGCGUUGCAGACGCGAGGGGCACCAGCGAGUGGCCACACCAAUACAAUCUACUGCCUGCAACUGUACACAGACCCUGACACUGGUCGCCAACUGUUGUUUACCGGGUCCAGGGACAAAACCGUGAGGCAGUGGUGUCUCGCGACCGGGUUAGUGGAACGCGUUAUCAGUAACGUGCAUACGAGCUCCGUGUUGAGCAUCUGUGUUCACAAUGGUUACUUGGCGAGUGCUGGCAGUGACCGGCAAGUCGCGCUAUGGGACUUGAGAGCUAAUAAGCUUGUGAAGACGAUCACAGACCAUGAAGACAGCGUUCUCUGCGUGCGAUUCGAUGACCAUCAGCUGGUCUCAUGUUCAAAGGACCGCUCGAUACGAAUAUACUCUUUCCCCGAUCUCACUCUACGCUUCAUCUUGGACGAACAUCGAGCAGCGGUCAACGCGGUUUCUAUAUCUGAUUCAUACAUCGUUUCGGGGUCAGGCGACCGCUCCAUUCGACUUUGGGACGCCAAAACCGGGAAGCUCCUGCGCACAUUCGAUAACCACCACUCGAGGGGGAUUGCCUCCAUUGACUUCAUGCCACCUAUCAUUACCUCCGGCUCUUCAGACAUGCAUCUACGUGUAUUCGACAUUUCCACUCUUCAAGGAUGGUCGACCUCACCUGAGUACGACCGCGCCAUGACCGCCGCUUCAUCGAACGUUGCUCCGUUCCCUUUGGAUGGAACUGCGGGGUCAGCAGGCCUCUCUUCCGGGUUCCUGUGCCAGUCUUGUGGAAGUGAGAAGAACCCCCGCAGGCCGGGGUCUGCCUCGGGAAGCAACGUUAACCACCAUCAUCAACACGGUAAUCUGGUUAGGACCGUUUCGUUGGGCGAUGAUUUUGUUGUGAGUGGGAGUUAUGAUUUGACCAUCAAGGUGUGGGACAAGAACACGGGUAAGCUGGUGGCAGAUCUGGCCGGGGGACAUACUGGGAGGAUAUUUUGUAUCGACUUUGAUUGCACGAAGAUUGUCUCUUGUGGAGAGGAUCAGCCGUUCAAGUCUUCUCCUAUCACUCAAGAUGGGUAUAUUGAUCUUCCUAUUCUCUUCAGUGGAACGGCAUCUCAAGGCAAGCGCAUACUGAGAUACGACGGCGAGCGUCUCGUGGUCCCUCGCAGUCCCGAGGUAUCCCCGUUGUAA